AUGAGUGUUGUUCUUAAAAUUGUAAAUUACAUACGUUCAGGUUCAAAGAUACAUCGCCAAUUUAAAAACUUUGUUGAAAGUUUAGAGGAUGAUAUUCCAAAUGAUGUUCCGUGGUAUUGUUUAAUUCGAUGGUUAUCGGUAGAAAAUGAGUAUGGAAGUUUUUAUGCCUUCGAUUCUGGGUAUAAAUUAUGGAUACGUGAUUUAUUUAGGAGUUAUAUAGAAAAUAAGGCUGUGCUUUUUACAAUUGAUGGAUGUGGUCAGUCAUACUUUGACUGUGGCGUUAUUCCAGAAGUAUACGCAACUGUAGAUUUUGGAAUUUCAUCAAACGCUUCUCAAUGUUUUGACUUCAUGAGAAAGGUUCAAAAAGGAGGUCCACUAGUGAACUCAGAGUUCUAUCCCGGUUGGUUAACUCAUUGGCAAGAAUCAGUAUCUAUAGUCAACCCCAUCGAUGUUGUAAAACAAAUGAAAGUAAUGUUGGCAAUUAAUGCUUCGUUUAAAAUUUUCGGUACAAAUUUUGGAUUCACAUCGGGAGCGAAUACAAAUGACACCAAAGAAAGUAUUGGAUACUUACCACAGUUGACCUCAUACGAUUAUAAUGCUCCAUUGGAUGAAGCUGUAGACCCUACAGAAAAGUAUUUCAAAAUUAAACAGACACUUGAAGAAGCCAAAUAUGCUGUGACAAACGAGAUAUCACCAAAUCCCGCACCCAAAGGUGCCUAUGGAAAAUUCUAUUUAAGACCUUUGGUUAGCAUAUUUGAAAAGGUUGCUCAACGUAUUAAACCAGUGAUCAGUGAUGUUCCUUUACCGUUUGAGGACUUAGAUAUUAACACUGGUUUUGUAAUGUAUGAAACAACAUUAACAGAUGAUCAAAAAAAUGUUGAAAAUCCAGUAAACCUAACUGUGAACACGGUUAGAGAUCGAGCAAUCAUUUACCUGGAUCAAGUACAAGUGGGUACUAUGAAUCGGUUGAAAGCUAAUACUACAAUAAGCUUAAACAUUAACCGUACUGUUCAAAACCUAAGCAUUUUAAUUGAGAAUCAGGGAAGGAUGAAUUUUGGAGACUUAAUUGAAGAUAGGAAGGGAAUUUUUGAUCAAGUGAUUCUCGGAAAUAAAAUAUUAAGCCCUUGGAAAAUGACUGCAUAUCCUUUGAAUGGUACAUCAUGGAUUUCUUCAAUCAAAUCAGUUGAAAACGUCAACAGUGUUAAAUUACCAGCAUUUUAUAAAACACAGUUUACAUUAACAGUUAACUAUACAAAAUGUUUAGACACUUAUUUGGACACUUCAGGCUGGACAAAGGGUGUAGUGUUUUUAAACAAUGUAAACCUUGGUCGGUAUUGGCCACUUGGUGGACCUCAAGUUACACUUUAUGUGCCAGCUCCUUUUUUAAAACCAUCACCUUAUGCCAAUACACUAGUGAUAUUAGAACUUGAAGGUACAUCUCAAGAUUUGUCCGUGAAAUUUGUGGAUAAACCUGUUCUUGAUGGUCCUAUAAUGACAUAGAUAAAAUGUAUGUUAUAUAAUUGAUUAAGAAAAAUAUAUUAA